AUACCAACAAAGCUGUAGUCACGAUAGAGAGCGGUGAACAACUUGAAGAAGCCGAAAAGAGAAAUUCAGUCAUCUUCUUACUAUGGAGAGAAGGAAGUCGACGGGUUGGGAUGACUCGUUCAUGUACACCCAUGUGGACCCGGACCUUCUUCAGGAACGGGUAGCUCUGACGUCACUCGGACUCGGCUUCGCUCGGAGCAGGGUCAUCAACUCCAAGGACAGGGCAAAGCGGAUCGAGCGGCUGCAGAACCAGUUCGACAGUGACUACCUGACUCCGAGCGCGGCGUACGGACGGAGGGAGGAGCUCCACCCGGAGCGUCAGGCGGCCCGCCACCGUAACGCCAUGCGAGGCGCUCUGCCUGCGCAAACCGAGGAGACCUGGAGGCCCAAGAGCUCAUUCGAGAAGAAACUGGAGAGGUCCAACAAUCUGGUGAGGUCGACCCGAACUAGCAUCCGGGGUAUGGAUGACGUGGCCCACGACCCUUACGUCAUGGGGAUCCAGAGUAGGAUGAGGAUGGCGAGGAAGUUUUCAUGGAGUUCGUGAGCAAAGACCGUCAUCAGUAUGAAACAAGCUGGAACUGUAAUUUCCAACACAAGAAAUAGGCUUACCCAAAUUUCGACUGUACAAC